AUGACAUCAAAACUGGGACAACUGAGGCCAAGAUCUUAUGUUAAGGUAUUAAAUGGGUCUCAAGCAAAUGACUUGGACCUAGAAACCUUUUUUUCUUUGGACUUAAAUUAUAUCAAGCCUUUUUAUGAUAAUGGUGGAGUGAAGGUGGUUCCUCCUAUAGACGUGGCAGUUUCAGGUUGUGAAAUGUGGAAGACGACCUUGGUCAGCUCCUUUGUUGGUAAGAAGUUAGCUUUUCCAGUUGUGAACUCCAUUGCUCAUAAAUUGUGGGAUAGGUUUGGCCUUAAGGAUAUUCUAUCCUUAGAUACUGGUUUCUAUGUUUUCAAGUUCGAUUCUCUUCGCCAAGCUCUUUUUGUUAUUGAAAGAGCGCCGUGGUAG